AUGACAUCAGAGACGCCCCCGUGGACAGAGUUUGCCACUGGCGAGGUGGUUGUCGAGGACGACACUUCCAGAGCGUUUUCUAUCUUCCCAGCAACGCUCCGGUCGACGGGGGAGGCGGUGGCUGCGACAGGUUGGCUCGAGGCCGACGACGACGAUCUAGCUGUCCUCAUCCACCAGGUUCAGGCGUACGGUGUCGUGCAUGGCAUCUUGAGUGGCAUCGGCUUGGUUCGCAACAGCGCUGGUCUUGUGCGGAUUGUGCUUGAAGCGCCUGCGGGUGGAUGGCUGGCGGAUCGCAUGCGGCGGCGGCGGGGUGGCAGUGACGGCGCGGGCGAUGAUGCGGCACCGGUGCGGAGCGAAACGCAGAUCAUUGGGGACUCGAGCGACUCGAGCGAUGAUGAUGGCUAUGGGUUUGCACCGCUGCUGAUCGGGGACGCCGCGUGGGUGGUGCGCGAGGUGGCAGGGACGCUGAAGAUGAUGCUCGAGGCCGACCAGGCUGUGCCAGGCAUCUCAAUGGAGAUGAUCGGGUUCUCGGCUGAUGGCGAGGUGAGGCUGCAGAACCCGGGUGCAAUGUUGGCGACUCGAAAGUGGUAUGCUGGCGGAAGCAGCAGUAUGAUGCUCUCUGACACUGGGCUGCUCCCACACUAUCUAUGCCCUGAGACGCUCACCAUGACGAGCAUUGCGCCACCCGAACAAGCGCCGUGGAGCCUCGGGAUCCUAGUGUACGAGCUAUUGGUCGGCGAGCCACCCAUGGCUGACACACACUUAAUGCGUGCUCUGUUUGUCAUUCCGUCGCGAGGGCUGGAUCUCGGUGCGGUGGACAUCGCAGCCGAAGCCCUGGAUCUUGUGGGCGCAGUCUGCGCACUGGAGCGCGAAGCGCGGCUGGGCGUGUCGGGUAGAACCAUCGCGCUUGAUGACGUGCUUGCACAUCCGUUCUUUGGAGCAGCAUCAGCAGGCCUUGGCAGUCCUGGUGAUGCAGAGUGGGUGCCGAAGGACGAAGAGCCGUCGCCGCUGGACGAUAUGUAGGGCUUGGUUGCCGCUGGACGAUCUGUAGGGCUU